CCUUGUUCUGGGACUGGAGUGGAAGGGUACGCAGAAGUGAGUGCUGCGGUCAGAGAUGGGUCCUGCUGGUGUGACCCUGAGGGCCACUGUCCUCUGCCUCAUGGCCUGGGCUGGCCUGGCCACUGGGGACCGGGUGUACAUACACCCCUUCCACCUCCUCAUCUACAGCAAGAGCAGCUGUGAGCAGAUGGAGAAAUCCAAUGCGGAGACACUCAAAGAGCCGACCUUCACACCUGCUCCGAUUCAGGCUAAGACGGCCCCGGUGGAAGAGGAAGACCUGCGCCAGCAGCUGGUGCUGGCUGCUGAGAGGCUGGAGGCUGAAGACGAGCUGAGGGCCGAGAUGGUCGGGAUGUUGGCCAACAUCCUGGGCUUCCGCAUGUAUAAGACGCUGAGCAAGUCAGGGAUCGCCACUGGUGCCGUCAUGCUCUCCCCGAUAGCUCUCUUCGGCACCCUGGCCUCUUUCUACCUGGGCGCCUUGGACCCCACGGCCCAUAAGCUACAGGUGCUCCUGGGCAUCACUAGGGAGGACUGGGGCUGCACCUCCUGGAUGGACGGGCACAAGGUCCUCUCCGCCCUGCAGGCCAUCCAGGGCCUGCUGGUCGCCCCCGGUGGGGCGGAUGGCCAGGCCCAGCUGCUGCUGUCCACGGUGGUGGGCCUGUUCACGGACCCAAGCGUGCACCUGAAGCAGCCAUUCGUGCAGGGCCUAGCUCUCUAUGCCCCUGUUGUGCUCCCACGCUCUCUGGACCUCUCCACAGACCCGGAUCUCGCCGCUGAGAAAAUGGACAGGUUCAUGCAGGCUGUGACGGGGUGGAAGAUGACCAGCCCGAUGGGAGUCACAGCAGACAGCACCCUGCUUUUCAGCACCUACGUCCACUUCCGAGGGAAGAUGAAGGGCUUCUCCCUGCUGCCCGGGCUCCAGGAGUUCUGGGUGGACAACAGCACCUCAGUGUCUGUCCCCAUGCUCUCUGGCAUGGGCACCUUCCAGCACUGGAGCGAUGCCCAGAACAACUUCUCGGUGACUGAUGUGCCCUUUGGCGAGCACGCCGGCCUGCUGCUGGUCCAGCCCCACUGCAGCUGUGACCUGGACAAGGUCGAGGCCCUGGUCUUCCAGUAUGACUUCCGCAGCUGGAUGAAGGACCCGUCCCCCCGGGCCAUGCGCCUGACCAUGCCCCAGCUGGUACUGCGAGGCUCCUAUGACCUGCAGGACCUACUUGCCAAGGCCAGGCUGCCCACCCUGCUGGGUGCCAAGGCGAACCUGGGCAAAAUCAGCGGUGAUGACGUCAGGGUGGGAAAGGUGGUGAACAGUGUUCUUUUUGAACUCCAAGCGGACGAUGGAGAGCAGUCCACAGAGUCUGCCCAGCAGCCCGGAAAGCCCGAGGCCUUGGAGGUGACCCUGAGCAGCCCGUUCCUGUUUGCCGUGUACGAGCACGGCUCCGCCUCCCUGCACUUCCUGGGCCGCGUGACCCACCCGCUGAGCGUGGCAUGAGGCCGGGCCGGACCAGGAACUGGUGUUUCGCACAGGACUACUGUUCCGGAAGGAAUUUGGACAAACCAACUUGUUUGUGAAACCAAAAAGUGUUCCCUUUUUAGUUGAGAAGAGAAAUUGGGUUUUAAUAUUAAAAUAUACAUUUUUUUAUUGCCUUGGUUUAUAUUUAGCUUAAUGAAUGUGAGACUAUGACCUUCACGCAGUUUCCACAAUACUUUAGUUUUUUUUUUUUCAUAGAUAUUUGUGAUUUUUCAACAACAAACUACAAAACACACAAAUGUCUGAAUUUACAUUGGAAUGUGAAACCGUGGCUGGUUAUCCCUCCUUUGUGUUAGUAAUAAAUGUUUUGCAACAAAAAGCCAAAAAAU